CCGUCAUUUAAAUUUAAUGACUGGUUGUUGUGUGCCUGUUGGCCCACUCUCGAUCAGCUUGAUUUGCGAUCUGAGCGUCUCCAGAGGGUAGUGCCCCGAUGACGCGUUUUAAUUUGGGGGGUUACGCAUUAGUCCGCACGACACCGAGUGCUCGAGCGACGAUCGUACCCUGGUACCAUCUACGCCAUCAGGCGCAGAGUGACUAUUGCCAACGCGGCCUGUGGGGCCCGAAGGCACCAAAGCACUCAACCUCGUUUUUCCGGGAGCGGUGCGACCAACUUGGGUCUGAGUUUGAAAACUCACAGACCGAUGAAUAUCUCUAUGUGACGUUCGGCGGGCUGCUAAUUGGCCCCGCCGCGAGCUGCUACGUCCAUUAACCCCGCACGAUGAGCCGGGCCGAGGGUCACGAUGACCCAUAGGCCGGUAAUCGUGGGUGUUAGAAAGAAAACCAUGCAGAGAUGGUUAUGUGUGUAUACAUAUUGUCGGGUCGUGCGGCCCGUUACCAUGCUUAUUGCGCAGCUGAAGCCGCUCGACACGCUCGAGUGAAAUGAUUAGAAGACGCUCGGCCCGAGUCUUGAAGACGUGCAGGGCCGGCUAAAGAGGAGACCAUCACGGCUGAGGACCGUUUUCUCGAGCAUCUCCACCUAGAGGCCGAGGGCCUAGAGGAGACCACCACGGUUGAGAGCAGUGGGACGAGCAUCUCCACCCCAGAGACCGAUGGCCUAGGAAGAACACCUAGAGGCCGAGGUCUAGAGGCGAAUGCCAUGACAGAGGACCGUGAGACGACCACCCGUCAUUCAGAGGCCGAGGGCCUAGAAGAGAUCGUCACGGCCGAGGGCCGUCUGACGCCAUCAUUACAUCAUGACCGGCCCCUCGGCACGACAUGAUCAUCAUAUUUGAAGACCGGCCUUGUCCCCGCACUGCGCGGACGAGGACCGUUGCUUGAUUUCAGAUCGGCCUCUCAUUGCCGACAUCAUUACAUCAUGACCGGCCUCUCGGCACGGCAUGAUUAUCUUAUUUGAAGACCGGCCUCGUCCCCGCACUGCGCGGACGAGGACCGUUGCUUGAUUUCAGAUCGGCCUCUCAUUGCCGACAUCAUUACAUCAUGACCGGCCUCUCGGCACGGCAUGAUUAUUUUAUUUGAAGACCGGGCUCAUCCCCGCGAUGCGUGGAUGAGGACCGUUGCUUGAUUUCAGGUCGGCCUCUCAUUGCCGACACCAUUAAAUCACGACCGGCCUCCCGGCUCGGCGUGCUUCCCAUAUUAGAAGACCGGUUUCAUCCCCGCUCCUCGCGGAUGACGGCCGUUGCUUGUUUUCUCAGAUCGGCCUCUCAUUGCCGACACCGUUAUAUCACGACCGGCCUCCCGGCUCGGCGUGCUUUCCAUAUUUGAAGACCGGUUUCAUCCCCGCUCCUCGCGGAUGACGGCCGUUGCUUGUUUUCUCAGACUGGUCUCUCAUUACCGAUGUUAUUAUAUCACGAUCGGCCUCUCACUGCCGACGCUAUCAUGUUAUGUUCGGCCUCUCGGCACGACAUAUUUAUCUUUUGAAGACCGGUUUCAUCCCCGCUCUGCGUUGGAUGAGAGCCGUUGCUCGGAUAUAUCGGCCUGACUAGACACUAUUGCCAUCUCCAUUAUCAGGACCGACUGCUCAGCGACAUUAUGAUCAUUGUGUAUCGGCUCCCAAUGCCGACCUUCUUGGGUUAGCGAUCGGGUUCACCCCUCCCUUCGGGAGGGUGACCAUCGCCUUCGCAUGACGACCAGCAUUUCCAUCGCCUCGUCACUCUAUUCAUUUUGAUAUCCCACCACCAUUAUGUGUGACAUCACUUGUGGUCAUUCUUAGAACCGACGAACGUAUUUUCCUCCCUCAAAAAAAAAAGAGAGAGAAAAGAUGGGGAGAAGGGGAGAGAGAAGCUCCUAUGAGAGAGGGAGUCUUGACGAGGUAUGCCUGAUCUUCCUUCGCCGCGUAUGACGAACGUCUCCCGACGCGGAGGUUAGUAGGAUCGUGGGGGAGGCUAGACGUACCAAAGGGAACCUCGGCAGGAUAAACCAGUUCCUCCCAUUUCCCGUGGAUCGAUGAACACCUUCUGCCAAAGCAGAAGGCUAGUAGGGCCACGAGCAUGGGACGACGAAGCAGGGAAUCCCGACGUGGAUAAACCAGUGACCUCCUUGCGAUCGUUGGAUGACCGAACGUCUUCUUCGAAGUAAGAAGAUUAGUAGGACCACGACAGGGACGAACGAAGAAUAGGGAAUCCCGACGUGGAUAAACCUGUUCCUCCUUGCGAUCGUUGGAUGACCAAACGUCUUCUUCGAAGUAAGAACAUUAGUAGGACCACGACAGGGACGAACGAAGAAUAGGGAAUCCCGACGUGGAUAAACCUGUUCCUUCUCAUAGUUGGGAUGACGAACGUCUCCUGCGAAACCAGGAGACCAGUACUCACGAGACUUGGGAAGAACGAAGAACCAGUUCUUUACCGGAGUCUGUUGCGUACCGAGUGUACACUGCUUAGCGGUCCGUACAUAGGACCACGGAUACGGUAGACGAACGAAGACCAGCUUCAUGGAUCAGACACGAUGGACCAGUUCUUUACCGGAGUCUGUUGCGUACCGAGUGUACACUGCUUAUCGGUCCGUACAUAGGACCACGGAUACGGUAGACGAACGAAGACCAGCUUCAUGGAUCAGACACGAUGGACCAGUUCUUUACCGGAGUCUGUGCGUGCCGAGUGUACACUGCUUAGCGGUCCGUACAUAGGACCACGAAUACGGUAGACGAAUGAAGACCAGCUCCAUGGAUCAGACACGAUGGACCAGCUCUUUACCGGAGUCUGUGCGUGCCGAGUGUACACUGCUUAGCGGUCCGUACAUAGGACCACGGAUACGGUAGACGAACGAAGACUAGCUCCUCAGGUCAGAUAGGAGGGACAUCACCCAGAUUUAUUUCAGGCUCACCAUUCCUUCCCGGAUGGAGUCCUGGCAGACGAUCGGCUUCUCACAGCCAAUCAGGAGAGAGACUCGACACAUCACCAGCACGGCCGAGGGCCGUGAGACGAUUAUCACUCACCGACAGGCCGAGGGCCAUGAGAUGAUCAUCACCAUUUUUAUGCAGCACGAUCGGCCUCUCAGCGCCAUCGUGUCUCUUUCACGUUCGGAUCGCGCAUCUCUUCCAGGAUGGCGACGAACGUCUUAUGCAUCACGAUCGGCCCCUCAGCGCCAUCGUGUCCUGAUUCACGGUUCGGAGCGCCCAUUCCCUCCAGGAUGGCGACGACCGUCUUAUGCAGUACGAUCGGCCCCUCAGCGCCAUCGUACCCAGCUCACGUUCGGCUCGUCCAUCCCUUCCAGGGUGGCGACGAACGUCUUAUGCAUCACGAUCGGCCCCUCAGCGCCAUUGUGUCCUGAUUCACGGUUCGGAGCGCCCAUUCCCUCCAGGAUGGCGACGACCGUCUUAUGCAGUACGAUCGGCCCCUCAGCGCCAUCGUACCCAGCUCACGUUCGGCUCGUCCAUCCCUUCCAGGGUGGCGACGAACGUCUUAUGCAUCACGAUCGGCCCCUCAGCGCCAUCGUGUCAUGAUUCACGGUUCGGAGCGCCCAUUCCCUCCAGGAUGGCGACGACCGUCUUAUGCAGUACGAUCGGCCCCUCAGCGCCAUCGUACCCAGCUCACGUUCGGCUCGUCCAUCCCUUCCAGGGUGGCGACGAACGUCUUAUGCAGCACGAUCGACCCCUCAGCGCCAUCGUGUCCUGAUUCACGGUUCGGAGCGCCCAUUCCCUCCAGGAUGGUGACGACCGUCUUAUGCAGUACGAUCGGCCCCUCAGCGCCAUCGUACCCAGCUCACGUUCGGCUCGUCCAUCCCUUCCAGGGUGGCGACGAACGUCUUAUGCAUCACGAUCGGCCCCUCAGCGCCAUCGUGUCCUGAUUCACGGUUCGGAUCGCCCAUUCCCUCCAGGAUGGCGACGACCGUCUUAUGCAGUACGAUCGGCCCCUCAGCGCCAUCGUACCCAGCUCACGUUCAGCUCGUCCAUCCCUCUAGGAUGGCGACGACCGUCUUAUGCAGUACGAUCGGCCUCUCAGCGCCAUCGUACCCAGCUCACGUUCGGCUCGUCCAUCCCUUCCAGGGUGGCGACGUACGUCUUAUGCAUCACGAUCGGCCCCUCAGCGCCAUCGUGUCCUGAUUCACGGUUCGGAUCGCCCAUUCCCUCCAGGAUGGCGACGACCGUCUUAUGCAGUACGAUCGGCCCCUCAGCGCCAUCGUACCCAGCUCACGUUCAGCUCGUCCAUCCCCCCAGGGUGGCGACGAACGUCUUAUGCAUCACAAUCGGCCCCGCCGUGCCAUUGUGUCGGGUUCAUCUCCGGAUUGCCCAUCCCUUCUAGGAUGGCGACGACCAUCUUAUGCAGCAUGUCUGCCUCUCGGCGCUGACAUGCCCGGGUUAUCGAUGAGAGCCUCCGCUUUCUAUCACAUCUCACAUUCCUUCUCUCAUACAUUGCACCCAUUACAUUACAUGCAUUCAUGCAUUCAUGCAUCAUACCUCAUACAUUCAUACAUACACACGUGCAUCAUGUUUUGACAGUACCGCGACGUCGGUUUAUAGAUGCAUGGACUUCUAAGCUUCUCCGAUUGGAAAGCUCGAGUCAGAGUGCUUUACUCCCGCCUGAUGCAUUCAGGCGGAGUGUGCCCGUGGAGGAGCACCCUUCGCCCGACCCUGUCGGGAAGGGGGGUGCCUCACUGGUAGAUUACGUUCAAGAGUGCAGACACUCACUCAUAUAUGAUGAUUAUGUGAAGACACAGUGUCCAGCAAGACAGAGGAAGGGCGCAGGCAGAGUAUAUUUUCUCGAGCAGAUUCACGCGCUCACUACUCAAGAAACUGGGGGACUUGUGUUGGGAUAUAUUAUCCCGGCCUACUACUGUUCAGGAGCCCAAGACAUCAUCCAGUACGGAGCCCGAGCAGCUAGGCCCAUUUCGGCCCAUUAGGCCCAAUAUUGGCCCGUUUGGCCCAUUAGGGUGGAGAGCACCCCUCCCCCUAUUCUCUAUAAAUAUGGGAGCUUCCCUCCAUAUUAGGGAUCCCUUCCUUCUUCCUUCUUCCUCUAGAUUAGCUUGAUCCUCCAUUAAUAGGAGCUUGAAUAUUGUACUAUGUAAUGGUGAGGAGAGUCCUAAUGAGAAUGAGAGGGCUUGGACAUUAGCCUACAAAGUCCCGUGGUUUUCUCCCUUUUGGGUUUCCACGUAAAAAUAGUUUGUUCAUACACAUUUAUACAUAUAUUUACUAUAUCGUGUUGGAUUAAACUCAACAGGGGGCAUGGGUUCCUACGUGGCAGGGGGCACAGCCUACCGGAUUCAGCCACAUGUCCAGCUUUCCCAUCCCCAUUUUAGUAUAAAUACCUGCAUUAAGAACAUUGUAAGGGGUUAUCAUUUCAAUACUCAGAGCUUAGCAAAUAGAAUUAUCGUUCUUAUUCUUGUAUUCUUGUACUUACCCGCCGUUCGGGUAGUUCAGUGUAAUCGCAGCAUUACUG